AUCCGGAGGACCUGCGGGGAACUGAGCGCUGUGUGGGAAUUCGGAUUCUUUAGGAUUACACCGCUUUUCUCCACAGUUUUUACUCCGGUUCUGCAGGAUGUAUGUUCUGGUUCUGCUGCUGAUCUCCUCCGUUACCGGACUCUCCUCAGUUUCGGCUCUGAAGGCCAGCUCCUGCGGAGGGAACAUCACCAUCUCCAGCGCCGGAUAUGUCACGUCCCCUGGGUACCCGUCCCCCUACCCUAAGUCAACGCGGUGCGUGUGGCGCAUUCGAGCACCGGACCCACAGCAGAAGAUCCUCAUCAACUUCAACCCACACUUCGACCUGGAGAACCGCGAGUGCAAGUAUGACUAUGUGGAGGUGUAUGAUGGAGACAGUGAGAAGGCCCUUAUGGUGGGGAAGUUUUGUGGUAAAAUUUCUCCGCCCGCCCUCCUUUCCACUGGAAACUCUUUACUGAUCAAAUUCAUCUCCGACUACGAGACCAAUGGUGCGGGCUUCAGCAUCCGCUACGAAGUGUACCAAAAACCAGGUCUGGACUGCUCCAGAAACCUCACCGCGCCGAGUGGAGUUAUACAGAGUCCAGGGUUCCCUGAUAAAUACCCAAACAACCUGGAGUGUACCAUCAUCAUCUUCGCUCCCUUUAUGGCGGAGAUCGUUCUGGAGUUUGAAAGCUUUGAAAUGGAGCCCGCCAGUGCAGCUUAUUGCCAAUUUGACUAUGUGGAAAUCUCAGACGGAUACCACACAGGUAGUUUUGAUAUUAGGAGAUACUGUGGUCAGCACAGUCCCGGCCGAGUCAUAUCCUACACCGGCAUCCUCUCCCUCUCCAUCCACACCGACAACGCCAUCAGUAAAGAGGGCUUCUCAGCCAAUUACAGCAUCCGAUCCAGCCCGGAGCUCCCUCAGGACCAGCAGAAUGAGUGCAUGGAUCCACUUGGGAUGGAAUCAGAGGAGAUUAGUGAUGAGGAAAUUACAGCUUCUUCCGAGUACAACCCCAGCUGGUCUCCUCUACGCUCACGAUUGAAUAACACCGAAAACGGCUGGACACCAUCAGAAGACUCCCCCAGAGAGUGGAUACAGGUGGAUCUGUAUUUAUUUCAUUAUGUCACCGCUAUAGGAACUCAAGGAGCCCUCUCUAUAGAGGACAAGAAAGACUGCUAUGUGAAGACCUACAAAGUCAGCAUCAGCAGCAAUGGAAAACACUGGAUCAUGGUGAAGGACGGCACCAAGCCUAAGUUUUUUCAGGGUAAUCACAACUCCACAGACGUGGUGAUCUCAAAGUUCCCCAAACCCACACUGACGCGUUACAUACGACUACAUCCUGUGACCUGGAAACAGAACAUCUGCAUGCGCUUUGAACUGUAUGGAUGCAAAAUGUCAGACUGGAAUUCUGUGGUCUCUUCCCCCACCGUCGUAAAUUCUGAUUGACAGACUAAAGGGCCAGCCAGCUUGGAAAGACAUUCAAACGAAUUUCUCACAAAGAAGAACUAAUCAAAAUACACAUUGACUAAAUAAAAAAGGUAUUUUAUGGAAUAUUUACUAAAUAAUAUGCCACUUCUGGUGUAUGGAUUUGUCCUGAUUAAAUGUUCCUACACAGUCAAGUCUGAAUCAACAAGGUUUAACUAGCAUUUGAUAAUUUAGUUUAUUUGGUUAUCAGUGGUUUUAUCCUUGUUGUAUUAUCUUUUAAAUGUAUUUAAAUAAAAAUGUGACUCUUAAA